CUGGGGGCAGACGCCGGUGUAUCUACCUCCGCCUCGCGCCCCGCCCCCGCCUCCGCUGCGGCCUCCGCCUCCGCCUCCGCCUCCUCCUCUAUCUCCCGCCGUCUCUGCCGCCCCUCCCCGGCCCCGGGAGCGGCCGCGGAGCCGCCACCCAGACCCUGUCGCGCGGGAGGCGGGAUCCGCACGAAAUAAGUCAUAAUGAGUUACGCAGAAAAGCCCGAUGAAAUAACCAAAGAUGAAUGGAUGGAAAAGCUCAACAACUUACAUGUUCAGCGCGCAGACAUGAACCGACUCAUCAUGAACUACUUAGUCACAGAGGGCUUUAAGGAAGCAGCAGAGAAAUUUCGGAUGGAGUCAGGGAUCGAACCAAGUGUGGACCUAGAAACACUCGAUGAGCGAAUCAAGAUUCGGGAGAUGAUUCUGAAGGGUCAGAUCCAGGAGGCUAUUGCCUUGAUCAACAGCCUCCACCCAGAGCUCCUAGACACAAACCGGUAUCUUUACUUCCACCUGCAGCAACAGCACCUGAUCGAGCUUAUCCGUCAGCGAGAGACAGAAGCAGCUUUGGAGUUUGCCCAGACGCAACUGGCAGAGCAGGGUGAGGAAAGCAGAGAAUGCCUCACAGAAAUGGAGCGCACAUUGGCCUUGCUGGCCUUCGAUAGCCCUGAGGAGUCGCCCUUUGGAGACCUCCUCCACAUGAUGCAGAGGCAAAAGGUGUGGAGUGAAGUUAACCAGGCUGUUCUGGAUUAUGAGAAUCGAGAGUCCACACCCAAGCUGGCAAAAUUACUGAAACUGCUACUUUGGGCUCAGAAUGAGCUAGACCAGAAGAAAGUAAAAUAUCCCAAAAUGACAGACCUCAGCAAAGGUGUGAUUGAGGAGCCCAAGUAGAGCCUGUCCACGGAGCCAGCACUGUCAAUCAGCACAGGACUCCUCCUCUGUGACUGGCAGGUUGUCACUGCAGUAGAGAACCUUUCCCCCUGUACUUUUCUUUGGCCCCAUUGUUUAAAAGGGGAAAAUGGCCUUUUUAAACACUGGCAAACCCGUGAUGGAAGACACCACCUCUGCCGUGCCCUGGAUCCUGAGGGCUGCACACACUUCAGUUGACUGUCCUCGCGCUUCCGGAUCGCUGGUUCCAGAAGAUGUGGUUUGCCACCUGUGCUGCACUGCUGGGAGUGUCACCUCCGCUGAAGGCCUCCCACAGGACAGCACACAAGAAGUGCUGAAGUGCUGAAUGCUUCGACACCUGCUAGCGUGCAGGCAGGCAGGCAGGCAGGCAGGGUCUUAUCUUCCUAGGUCUCACCAGACUUUCAUGGUUUUCCUUACCCCUUCUUUUUUUUCUUUUUCUUCCUCCUUUUGUUCCUUCAUAGGAAAGAAUAUAUAAAUUUGUAAAUCUUAAUUCAAAGAUAACUUUGGUGUGGGUACUGAGUUUGGUUUGGUUCUUUGCCUUUGCCUUUUGGUGUGGGCUGUGUGGCUUUUGGGAGGAAGGGUGUGUGUGUGAAAGGUGAGGCUGUGGGUUUGUUUUCUCUUUUUUUUUUUUUAAUUUUCAAAAUAUAUUUUGGGUGCUGUAUGUGAUGAGAGACUCAUUCAUAGUGGAUCAAUGAAUAAUCUCUUGUAGGUAAUUUUAUUUGAAAAUAAAGAUUUCUUUUUACUUCCAGUAUAACCACAAUGGCUUCUAAAAAAUUCUCAUCUCACACAGCCCUUGUUUUGGGUGUCCUUUCCCUGGCACAGAGGCAGCACCUUAACCCAUAGCUGGGAGACUAUUCCCAUGUGCCUAGGGAAUGCUCUGCAUGGUAGCCAGGCAGUCUGGUGUUGGUGGGAUAACCGAGUGGUCUCAAGCAUCACAGAGCUGGAUGUUCAUGCUAGCCAGAUGGAACUUGAGCUUGGCAAAGUCGUUUCUUAUUUCUUGUCUCAGUGUCAGCAGUGCUGUGUGUCCUGCUUCUCAACAGCUAUUUGUUACCUGCUCAGGGGAAGGCAUUACCUGUAGGUAUGGUAUGCUUACGUAGGUCAGUGCUCCGAGUAAUGAGUGUGUACAUGCAUUGUGCCGGGCACAGUGUGUUUGGUUGAUUCUUGGCAGUGGUCCAGGCCUGAUGGGGUCAGUGCUAAAGGCUAGGGUGGGGGUGGAGUGCACAGGGGUACACAGACCUGCAGAGCCCUCAGAUAGUUAUCCCUGGCUGUGAAUGGUGAAGAUGUGAGUACCAUCCUCUGGUGGAAGUUCCUGCCUGUCCAACACGAGAGCCAGGAGUUUGGUACUGGUACUGGCUACUAAGAAACAGUGUCCUUAGUAACUGCUGAAUUAGGAUUAUUCCCUGUUCUUAAGCAAUACUAGCAUACUGACUAGCUGGGUCAGACUGGGCAGCUCAGGUACCACAGCUAACCAGCUGUCUCUCUCUUGUUCCCUACUUCAGUGUUGUUCAUCAGUACCUGUCUGUUCUUUACCCACAGGAUUCUUUUCUUGUUGGGAUGGAAUGAAGUGUCUUCCAGCUCUCUGCUUCUCCCUCUCUGCUUCUACCGCAGAGGGCAGAUCUUAGGAUCACAUUAGUGACAGACUCAAGGAUGGAAUUGUUGCUGUCAUGAUCCUCCACUGCUCUUCCGGUGUGUGAGUAAGGAGUGAGCAGACCUCUCCUUACCUUCUGGACAGGUGGCUUUCAACAUUCUCGUGAAAUGUAGCCUUCCGUCUGCUUUAAGGAUAAGAAUAAGGUAGAGGAGUUUCUGGAGAGACAGGUCUUUAGUUAAGAAGAAAUGAUGAACAACCAUGAAGACCAGAGUCCACCAUCCACAUAAGUCAGACAACCCCCGCAAAUUCCUGUAACUUCAGUUCCAAGGAAUAUGAUGUUCUCUGUGACCUCCACAUACACACAGGCAGGCAGGUGCAGGUAACACACACACAUGCACGCACACACAUGCUCACACACAGGCUCACAGAUUUUUAAGGCAAAGGGGAAGUAUUAAUUUUCAGGUAGCUAAUAGGUUAAAUGAGUCAGAAGUUGGGGAGGGGUAUCAAUAAAGAUACAAUGUUUUUAAAGCACCACAUGAAGCCAGGCAUGGUGGCUCCUGCCUGUUAUUACAGUAUUCACGAGGCUGAGGAAGGAUUUUCUAGUCCAGCCUAGGCUAUGUUAUAAGAUCGUUUUUCUUAAACAAAAAGGCCCCAGAUAGCCAGCAUAUUUGUAUCUUUGUGUGUGUGUGUGUGUGUGUGUGUGUGUGUGUGUGUAUGUAUGUGUGUGUAUGUAUGUGUAUGAUCACUUGUAGAGCUAAUCAGUUUGAUGUGUUCUUAAAAUUAGAGGGCAUGAAAUGUGUAGUAAAGGGAGGGAGGGAGGUCCUCUCUGUACGGGUUAUCCACAAAUACACAGAAGCUUGUUGCAUGUAUAAAAUGUUCAGUGGCUAUAAGACAGUGAGUUGACAACUUACUAGCACUUCAGUCAAUAGCUUAGUCAGCCAGUGCCACAGUUGUCAGUGGCUUGAAGAAUGUCAGCUAGAACUGCUUGCUUGUCCACAAUCUGUUAGUGCCUAGAAACCCCCUUCCAAGGAGUCACAUGUAGUCAUUUCCUGUUGCAGCAGACAAAGUAGCUUUAUUUCUUUCUGCACCUUUUGAUGGAAAGUGCCUUGAAAUAAAUGAGACACGAAUAUUCUGGUACUCUGCUCCAAUAUCAUAGAGCUGUACAAGGAACAACCCAGUUUGAAAUUUUCUAAAGCAUGGUAAUUAUUUCACACUAAAGAUGAGAAUUUGUUUUGUCACUUGACUUAUGGUUUGGGUUUGGUGUUUGAGACCUCCCACAGUAUGUAGUUGAAGACUUUGUAAAGUGACUUUGAGGCGGGCCUGUGGAACUGAGGUGGGCAGUAUGUUGUCAUUAUUGUCUUUUGUGCUAUUAGUUUUGGAGAGGAGAAUCCAGGAGAGUCCUUCCAGAAGGAUUCUUCUAUGUUCCAUGAUAAAGACACUGAUAUGAUCAAGAGAAUGACGUGGGAUUUCCUUCCAGGUUGUUGCUCUCCAGUCUCAGAAAGAACAAAAGACCAAAUUCCAAAUGUCAGGGUAACAACAUUGUCUACACACCUGCAUUUCAAGGUGCUGAGUUGUAUACAGGGCUUCAUGCAGGGGGCAGCCUGCUCACCAGGCUUUACUCACUGCUGCAUUGUUGGCAGGUCUCGUUCUGACACCAUGCAUAAUUAUUUUUGUUUCACAAAUAUUGCUUUUUUCAGACACUUAGUAAGCUGCAUUGCCAGCAAGGAUGUGGGGUCUGUAUCAGUCCUUAGCUCGCUGGAGCACUCAUGCGCACACUUCGUUAUAAUUCUUCAUUCAGUGGCAUUUAUACCUCUGCCACAUAUCAUCUGAGAAGUCCAGGUUGGGUAGCUUCUGGGUGCCUGCUAUGAAUUUGUUAGUAAAAGUUUUCAUGUUUUUCCCAGAAUGGUUGUCUGAAAGCUCUUUUCCCACUCCUUCACUGAAGAGGUACAGCAGGAGAAGAGAAUUACUGACCACGCUUGUCAGCAUAUUAGAGCUGGAAGAGUGGGAAAGUGUAGCUGCAUGCUAGCUUUGCUCUGUUCCCAUGCCAGCAGUGCCACAGCAUAGAGCCAGUCUACUCCGCUGACGGCUGCAGCCUUCCUGGACCCCAGGAUGUGAUGACUGUGGGGGCCCUGUAUGCAGUAUGCAGAGGCUCCCAAGACGGACUUCUGUCUCCAUUGCCAUUUUCUCAGGCAGGUCUGAGGGAAAUGCAGUGAGAUGAAACCUCCAAGGGAACCAAGCAGCGCACUACGGAGCGUCCUGCACUGUGUAGUGGGUUGUGACCGCACACAGGAAGGGCCUUGUCAUCCCCAAACCCUGUGGCAGGGUCACCCUCUUCACCAUUGCUCACUCGUCCCUCACAUUCCCAGAGGGUAAUGCUCCACAUGCCGAUGGGUGGUAGAGACCUCUGCUGUGCUUGAAUGUGAGCUCUUGUAUGUUAAAUCUGAGAGGCUUGAGGUACCAUCUGCCUAUCAUGAAUGAAUUCCCAUGAUUUUGGAAUGCCAUCCUGACUUGAGACUUUAUAUUUACAUGAAAGAAGAAAGAAUUUGAAUGACCCCUGAUAUUACCAUCUAUUGCAGACUCACCACACUUCAGUGCACUGAGUAAUAUGUCCUGAGACAGUCUGCCUGUUCUGGAAGCUAAGAAUGGCUAUAGUGGUAUUAAGACCUGGACAAUAAACCCAUCAAUAGGGUUACAUGUGAAUCUGGUGGACUGGUGGGGCAGGGAUGUCCAGUGUCAUGGCAGGUAUGACUGGAAUUCUGCAACUGUUGUCUGCAGCUCAUCCAUGCCCCCUAGAUCCAUGCCAGGUUAAGGUCCAGGAUGACACUAAUAGAGAAGAAAACUGCAGAACUGCUUGUGCCCAACUGUAACCAAGAGAUGUGACUACUGGAUGCUUACUGUCUGUGACUUUUUUUUUUUUUAAGGUUUUUUGUUUUGUUUUAAAGAAAACUUGUGUGUAUGUGUGUUCUGCCUGGGUGUAUAUCCAGGUACCAUGUGUGUGCCUCGUGCCCACAGAGGUCAAAAGAGGGCAUCAGAUCUCUUGGAACUCAAAUUAUGGACAGUUGUGAGCUGCAUUGUAUGUUCUAGAAACCAAACUCUGUAAGAACAAGGGCUCCUGGUCAGCUCCUUGCAUGUAACUUUUCACGGGAGUACCUUCUUAGAUACAGGUUCUGAUGAACGUU